AUGACACACCCUGAUCUUGGAAUCACGACAACAUCAUCAUCAUCAUCAUCAUCGAAUAAUACUAAUAAUAAUCAACAACAACUAGUUAUUUAUCAUGAUAAUCUUCAAGUCAUAUUACAUAAUGAAGAUAUUGAUAAAAUAGUAUUGUGGGAUGCUAAUAAUAAGAGAUUGGUCGUUCGAAACACACCAUCUAGUAUAGGUUCAGGCUCAACUGUCACUACUACUACAACCACCACUACUACUGCUUCAACUAAUACUGGUAGUAGUAGUAGCAGCAGUAGCAGUAGCAAUAGUUUUGGAAGUUUAGUCAUAUCUCCGCCACCCGUACAACAACUACCACCUCCUCAACAACAAUCAAAUGUUUCUUCAUCCAUAACCUCUACGUCGUCAUCAUCAUCAUCAUCAUCAUCGUCACAUGGAGGAUUAAUCAUUAGAAAUACAUCAUCAUCGAUUCAUCAUCAUCAUCAUCAAGUAUGUCCAAUGUGUAAAAGAUCUUUUAUUGGUGACUCUAGUGAUCAUGAUUCAACACAAUCAACUGUCGAAAGUAAUACAUCUACUAGAAGACAUGGACAUGUAUUGGGAGAUGACGAUGAAGAUGAUAAUCGAAACAAUUUAAAGAAAAUGAGAAUGCCAUCACCAUAUAUGUCAAAAGAUUAUUUCCUUUUACUUGGUUCUUCUUCUUCUUCUGAAAAUAAUAACAACAAUAAUAAUAAUACAUCAUUUGGUAAUAAUACAACAACUGCGGCAGCAUUUACAGAUGAAUUUUUAAACAUUGGAUAUUAUAAGAAAUUCUUUAAAGAGGUGAUAAAGAUUGGGUCUGGUGGAUUUGGAGCUGUUUAUUAUUGUAGACAUUUGAUUAAUGGUAUCGAUCUUGGAGAGUAUGCCAUUAAAAAGGUACCGGUUGGUGAAAACUUGCCUUGGCUCUUUCGUGUAUUAAAAGAGGUGAAAGCAUUGGAAACACUUCAGAAACACAAAAAUAUCAUAAACUAUAAACAUAGUUGGUUAGAGUAUGAUCAACCUGCUGAUUUUGGUCCGCGUGUUCCUUGUCUCUACAUUUUAAUGGAGUAUGCUAACUCUGGUAAUUUACAAGGUUAUAUGGCUGAAAAUGAUGUAUUACCUGAAAAUGAAAUUUGGAGUUUUUUUAUUGAUCUUUGUCAUGGUAUUGGUUACCUUCAUCAUAGUAAUAUUAUUCAUCGUGAUUUAAAACCUCAGAAUAUAUUAUUACAUCAAUCUUAUGAUCCAGUAUGUGAUAGUCAAGUUUCACAUUUAAUGAUUAGUGAUUUUGGAACAUGUGAUUCGAUUGAUGAUAUAGCAGGCGAUCAUUUAAAUGUUGGAGGACAACAAAGAAUUAAAAGAACAGGUAAUACUGGUACAAUGGAUUAUAUUGCACCUGAACUACUGGAACGUAAUGAAAUGGGAGAAUACACAGCCUUUUGUAAUGAAAAGUGUGAUAUAUGGUCAUUGGGUAUCUUGCUCUAUGAAAUGGCAUAUGGACGUUUGCCAUUCAAGCAUGCUGGUAAUCCAUUCCUUGACGAAGACCCUAAUCGUGAUACCGAUAAACUGAUCGAGGAAAUUGAACAAUUCUCAGAUAGUAAACUUGGUCUUCCAUCAGAUCCCUCUCGCUCCAAAGAGUUAAAGGAAUUAAUUGUUGCCCUUCUUCGUCGUAAUCCACUUCAUCGACCAACUAUUGCCCAAAUCCUAUCAACUCCUUUUGUUCAAAUGAAAACAAAACAAUUAUCACUUCAUCCAAUUAAUGUAGAGAUUGAAAGAAAUGAAAGAAAGGCAGAGAUUAAAAGAAGAAAAAAUAUUGUUAAAAGAUCAAAAGAACAUAUCCAUUUGGAAGAGGAAGUAGAAGAAGUAGAGGAAAAAGAAAUCAGUUCCUCCAACAACAAAUCAUUUUACUUUGAAGAAAAAAAAGAACAAAUCACCAGUCAUGUAAAUACAAGUCCAACAAAAUCCAACAACAAUGUACAUAGUAAUAAUAAUAAUAAUAAUAAUAAUAGUGAUGGUAGUGAUACAUUGGCAGUAAUCAGUAGGAAUAUAGUGUCGAUGAUGUCAUCUUCGCAAUCCACUUCUCCUUCACAUCGACGAUUAUUAACGUCUCCUCCGCCACCCGCCAUUUCUCAUCAACAACAACAACAACAACAACAGCAACAACAACAAUUAUCACCAACUACAACAUCCAUAUCAUCUGGAUCAUCAUCAUCAUCUUCAGUAUUGAUAAAAUUAUCAAAUAUGAUUGGAAUGUCAAUUACACAGACACGUUAUAUAACGCAUCAGGUAAUUGGGAUGACAAUGUUGAUGCUUCAUUUGUGGCUUUGUGUGAGUCAUUGUUCACCUGGACUCGUCAUCUAUCCCAUUAUAUUGUUGUCUUCGAUGGCUCUUCGUGUUCCACUUCGAAAUCGUUUGCUCUAUCAAACACUGCAAACCAUUCGUCUGCUUUGGUUUGUCGGUUUGACAAUGAUGACAAGUCACCGUAGUUGUAAAUACAAUGAUGCAUCUGAUGACAUUAAUGCUAUCAUAUUAGCAUCAUUCCUUUACUUGUUUAGUAUGAUAUCAUUCUAUUCCAUCUAA